UAUAUUGCCAACUAGUAUGAAAAAAAAUUAUUUACAUAGGACGCCAUUCCUAACAGCUUGUUAUUUGACAUUUAUCGAUUUGUUUUCGCAGUGUGCAGGUCAAUGGCGUGCGUGGUCAUAAAUUGAGUGUUUAUUUCAAAAAAUAAGAACAGAAUGGCGGGGAAAAAGUGGUCUUACAAAGAUUUGGAAAAUAUGACCUCUGAAGAGUACAGGAAUAUAUUUUUUGAGGACAUACCUUCAGGAAAUGAAUCGGAGGAUGAUCAAAAUGGGUCAGAUGAAGACGUGCAUUUUGCAGCACAAAAGCGGAACAACACCGUACGCGAUGGUCGUGCACUACUUGCAAUGUCGGUUUGUGUCUCACUGACCAAAAAAAUUGCUUUGAAAAAUAUCAUAGCAAAUAAGUUGUAUGUUUUUACUUCAAACUCCUUUUUAUAA